AUGUCAUUGGAUUCAGGUGUCAAGGAGGGGCUAAAAUAUGGAGUUUAUGAAGAACAGCUUUCUAAUGAAGAUGAAAAGCAACUUGUGAGCUUUGCCCUACCGUUAGAACUUGAACUAGGUCAUACUAGCUUAUCAUUAGGAUAUAUACAGUCUUUGCAUAGAACAUAUCAAUUUUUUGAUAAUUUUUCUAUUGGCUUUGUAGCGUUAUAUUUUGUUGGUGGUAUAAGGAUUGUUUAUACAACAGGUAUACUUGCUGGAGGACCACAAGCGUAUUGGAUAAGUUAUCUUAUCUCAUGUUUUGGAAUGUGUAUUACAGCUGCUGUUAUGGCAGAAACAUGUUCAGCGCUUCCUGUGUCUGGUUCCAUUUAUUUAUGGGCUUCUAAGUAUGCUUCACCGAAAUAUAGAAGAUUGAUAGGGUUCGUUGUGGCUUGGUGGUCAAUCAGUGCAUGGGUGAGUUUUGUUGCUGGCAAUACACAAAGUGCUGUUAAUUUUCUUUUAUCUGAACUUCCUAUUUUUGGUGUGGAUUUUCCGACAUUUACAAAUGUCUUUAAGUUUAGAGUUGUUCAAUGGUUUUUUAGUGAAAUUUUACUGGCUCUUUCUGUUUCAUUAAAUUAUUUUAAACCUCAGUUAUUUAAGUAUGUACUUCGCAUGUCAUCUAUGAUUAUUAUUUUAGAUUUUCUUUUAAAUGUGAUAUGGUUGCCUAUUGGUGUCUCAAAAACGUUUGGUUUCCAAGAUAUAACUUUUCUUAUGAAAACAUACAAUAGCACUAAUGCUGUUCCAAUAUGGAAUUGGUGUUUAUCUUUUCUUUCGACUUCAGGUAUACUUGUUGGGUUUGAUGCACCUGGUCAUAUAGCCGAAGAAACAAAAAAUGCCAGUCUUGCUGCAGCUCGAUCCAUUUUUAUCAGUGCUUUUGUGACUGGAUUGUUUGGUCUUCCUAUUGUCUUUCUUUUUAUUUUUUGUUCACCCAAGUUGGAUGUUUUGUUUUCUUUGGAUGUUCCUCAACCAUUUGUAUAUUUGUAUUCACUGGCUCUUGGUAAAAAGGCACAUGUAUUUUUAAAUCUUAUUGUUGUUCUUGGUCAUCUUUUGAAUACAACAGUUGCUGUUUUAUCUUCUUCUCGAUUGGUCUACGCUGUUGCUCGUGAUAGUGCGUUUUCUAUGUUUGAUUGGCUUUCUAAAGUGGAUUCUUGGCGUCAACCUAGGAAUUCUGUAACAUUAGUUUGGAUAGUAUCAUCUAUUAUUCUCUGUACAAUACUUGUUAGUCAAGUUGCAUUUACAAGUCUCAUUAGUGCAAUGUCUCUUCCAACUGUGUGUGCAUAUGGAUUAAUAGCAUUUUUACGUUUGUUACAUAAACCGGAGGAUUGUUUACAAGCCAAAUGGUCACUUGGGAGAUUUUCUAGGCCCUUUCAGUUCAUUACUUUUAUCUGGUGUAUCUUUAUAGUUUCUGUUCUUGCUUCUCCUUAUCAAUUCCCUGUCUCUGCAUUAACCUUUAAUUAUGCACCAGUUAUGCUUGUCCUUGUAACAUUAGGUAGUCUGAUAGUUUAUUGGAUGGCCCCUCAUAAUAAUUGGCUUAUAUAA